AUGUCCACAACCACAACCACCACCACCAUCGAAGCCCCCCGCGGCCGAGUCUUCUCGCACGGCACCAAUGUCAAAUAUGGCGACUUCCGCGACGACCUGCUCAAGAACGGUUUCGCCGUGGUAAAAGGUGCUGUCCCCCGUGAUCGAGCCCUUGGAUAUGCGGAUGCGAUCCAUGAGUGGCUCGAAGGCUUCGGCCUCGGCUACGACCGCAACGACCCCUCGACAAUCCACAAAGACCACCUGCCCGACAUCAACGAAAAGGGCAUGUGUCUCGGCUACGCCAUUUCGCACGAGUCAUUCACCUGGGCCGUGCGCCAAGAACCGGGAGUCAUCGAUGCGUUCGAGAAGGUCUACGAUACCGAGGAUUUGAUCGUCUCCUUUGAUUCGGUGAACAUCGGGUUCCCGAACCGCACGGACGUCAAACCCAAUACGCCCUGGCCGCAUCAGGAUCAGGAUCCCGAGAAGCCGGGGUUUAGGUGCCUGCAGGGGCUUGUGAAUCUGUUGCCGAACGGGCCGGAGGAUGGCGGGUUGAUUGUUUGCAAGGGCGCGCAUUUGCUUAGCGAGGAGUUUCAUGAGGUGUUCAAGGAUGAGGAGAGGAUUUGGUCAUGGACGAAGGAGUGGUAUGGCUUUACGGAUGCAGGGCUGGCCUGGUUGAAGGAGAAGGGAUGCGAGUGGAUAAAGUUGACGGCUGAGCCGGGGGAUUUGCUUCUUUGGGACUCGCGUACACCUCACUACAAUCUGUCCUCGAAAUCAUCGCAGCCUCGAUUCGCCGUGUACACCUGCUACAUGCCCGUCGAGGACGCAACAGAGGAGCAGCUCCUGACUAAGAAGAAGGCUUUCGAAGAAACCAAAAUGACCACCCACUGGCCAAACGCGAUGCACGUGGUCGAUCUCCCCGUGUACAGGAACGGAGAGCCGGACCCGUACAACCGCAAGAGUCCACGCCAGCCAGUGCAGCUCUCGGAGCGGGGGUUCAAGCUGACGGGAAUUCCGUACCUCAAGCAAGCUGCGUGA